AUGUGUGUACAUCUGUUUGGAGGGACGUGGAGUGCUAGUGCCUGCAGUUUUGCCCUUCGUCAGACGGCGAUUGGCAAUCAACAAGACUUUGGGCCUGAGACGAUAGAGACUGUUCUUCAACAUUUUUACGUCGACGAUUGCCUUGUAUCGACAGAGACUGAGGAGAGAGCUAUUAAGUUAGCAGUUGAACUUCGAGAACUACUUAGCAGAGGGGGAUUCAAUCUCACUAAGUGGAUGAGUAAUAGCCCAGCUGUUGUUGGGUCUAUACCAGUAGAUGAGAGGGCUAAGGAGUUGUCUGGAGUAGACUUGAAUUACGAUGCUCUCCCAGUUGAUCGUGCUCUAGGUAUAACCUGGAAUGUCGAAACAGAUUGUUUUGGGUACAAGAUCUUACCGAAUGGCAAGCCCUUCACAAGACGAGGAUUACUAAGUGUCGUCUCGUCAACUUACGUUCCGAUGGGAUUUGCAAGUCCAUUUGUAGUAAGAGGAAAACUAAUUCUGCAACACCUUUGUCGGAAAGAGUUAGCCUGGGAUGAUCCAAUUCCUGUAGUCGAUAAAGAGAAGUGGCUAAUCUGGCUUAAUGAAUUACCAGACAUAGAACAGUUCACAGUUAACAGGUGCAUUAGACCCCAUGGAUUUGCGGAGCCAGUCAAGUAUGAUUUGCAUCAUUUCUCUGAUGCAUCUGAAGGAGCAUGUGGGGCAGCAUCUUAUCUGGUAUCUAGGACUGGAGAUCAUCAGAUGCACAGUGAGCUCUUGAUGGCGAAAUCUCAUCUUGCUCCAACCAAGAACUCAACAAUCCCGCGUCUGGAGCUGUCUGCUGCAGCAAUAAGUGUGAAGCUAGAUGCCUUUCUAAAACGAGAACUUAAUGUACCAGUGGAUAGUUCUCACUUCUGGACGGACAGUACCAUUGUCUUAGGGUACAUCGGAAACAAAGAGAAACGAUUCAGGACCUUUGUUGCCAAUAGAGUAGCAGCAAUUAGGAGCUACUCUAAUCCAGAGCAAUGGCACUUUGUGGACUCCACAUCCAAUCCAGCCGAUGAUGUGUCAAGGGGACUCUCAGCAAAGGAUCUUCUAGCUAGUGAGAGAUGGGUACAUGGUCCUGAUUUCUUAGUGCAAGGGAAGGAGAACUGGCCCACAAGUCCAAUAGAAGCGGGAAAUCUGUUAGACAAUGAUCCAGAGGUCAAAUUAGUCAAAGAUGCCAGUACCUUCGGCACAGCAGUAGAUGAAGAAAGACUCAUGGAUAGAAUGAUUGCCCACUACUCAUCAUGGCACAGUCUAAAGAGGGCAGUCUGUUGGGUGACCAGGUUUCUGAAGUGGAUUAAAGCUAAGAGAAAGCUUCCCAAACCUGACGAGGUAAGUGAAUCCAGUAGGAUAACUUUAGACGAGAUGAACUAUGCAGAACAGAAAAUCCUGCAGUAUGAACAGUCACGUUUCUUUGAGGAAGAAAUGGAUCUACUAACUGCUCAAGAUAGUGUAAAGAAAUCUAGCAGCAUCUACAAGCUAGAUCCAAAAAUGGUAGGAUGCCUGAUCCGGGUUGGAGGAAGGUUGAGCAGGUCUGCGUUACCAUUGGAAGCAAAGCAUCCUAUCGUGCUUCCCAAGGAAAGCCCUGUGUCUCUAUUGAUAUUUAAAGAGAUACAUGAGAAAUGUGGACACAGUGGAAGAAACUACAUUCUGUCGACACUUCGUGAGAAGUACUGGUUGCCUGGUGCAGGAGCUAAAAUCAGAAGGAUGAUAAGGAAAUGUGUGUCGGCAUAG